AUGGUUGCCAUGGCACCUAGUGGCAUGAUGGAUGAUACAGGACCAGGUCUGAUCCCAGUGGAGAUGGAUGAUACAGGACCAGGUCUGAUCCCAGUGGAGAUGGACGAUACAGGACCAGGUCUGAUCCCAGUGGAGAUGGAUGAUACAGGACCAGGUCUGAUCCUAGUGGAGAGGGAUGAUACAGGACCAGGUCUGAUCCCAGUGGAGAUGGAUGAUACAGGACCAGGUCUGAUCCCAGUGGAGAUGGAUGAUACAGGACCAGGUCUGAUCCCAGUGGAGAUGGAUGAUACAGGACCAGGUCUGAUCCCAGUGGAGAUGGAUGAUACAGGACCAGGUCUGAUCCCAGUGGAGAUGGAUGAUACAGGACCAGGUCACGGAGACAGCAACAGCAGAAACAUUCCUACUCUGGUCAAAGACAUCAGCAACGUAGGAGAGGUGUCUUGUGGGAGUUCUCACACCAUAGCUUUGUCAAAAGAUGGCCGCACCGUUUGGUCCUUCGGAGGGGGAGACAAUGGGAAACUGGGGCAUGGUGAUACAAACCGUGUCUAUAAACCUAAAGUCGUGGAGGCCUUGCAGGGGAUGUUCAUACGGAAAGUGUGUGCUGGAAGCCAGUCCUCCCUAGCCCUGACCUCCACUGGACAGGUGUAUGCCUGGGGCUGCGGGGCCUGCCUGGGCUGUGGCUCCUCUGAAGCCACUGCACUGAGACCCAAGCUGAUUGAGGAGUUGACAGCGACCAGGGUGGUAGACCUCUCCAUAGGAGACAGCCACUGUCUAGCUCUCUCACACGACAAUGAGGUUUAUGCAUGGGGUAACAACUCCAUGGGUCAGUGUGGCCAGGGUAACUCUACUGGUCCCAUCACCAAGCCGAAGAAGGUGGUUGGUCUGGACGGUGUGGUCAUCCAACAGAUCUCAGCUGGUACCUCCCACAGCCUGGCAUGGACCGCUCUGCCCAGGGACAGACAGGUGGUAGCGUGGCACAGACCCUACUGUGUGGACCUGGAAGAAAGCACCUUCGCUCACCUGCGUUCCUUCCUAGAGCGCUACUGUGACGGCAUCAACAGCGAGGUGCCACCCCUCCCCUUCCCCUCCUCCAGGGAGCAUCACAACUUCCUGAAACUCUGCCUUCGACUGCUGUCCAAUCACCUGGCUUUGGCUCUGGCCGGGGGAGUGGCCACCAGUAUCCUAGGGCGACAGGCCCGCCCCCUCCGGAACCUUCUCUUCAGACUGAUGGAUUCCUCUGUUCCUGAUGAGAUCCAAGAGGCUGUGAUUGAGACUCUGUCUGUGGGGGCCACUAUGCUGUUACCUCCUCUGAGAGAGAGGAUGGAGCUUCUCCACUCCCUGCUGCCUCAGGGACCUGACAGAUGGGAGAGUCUGUCUAAAGGACAGAGGAUGCAACUGGACAUCAUUCUGACUUCGCUCCAGGACCACACCCACGUAGCAUCCCUCCUGGGGUUCAGCUGUCCCCCCGAGGCCCCCGAGGCCCUGGCCUCCUCCUGCGGCCUGGACCCUUCCUACGGAGCCCCCGGCACCAACCCUGACACACACCUGGCUGAGAUCCUAAUGAAGACCCUGCUCAGGAACCUGGGCUUCUACACGGACCAAGCGUUUGGGGAACUAGAGAAGAACAGUGACAAGCUGCUCCAGGGAACGUCUUCAUCAGACAGCAGUCAGCCAGCCCAUCUCCACGAGCUGCUCUGCUCCCUACAGAAACAACUGCUGGCAUACUGCCACAUCAACUGUGUUACUGAGAACUCUAGCAGUGUGGCUCUGCUCCAUAAGCACCUCCAGCUGCUGCUCCCCCACGCUACAGACAUCUUCUCCCGCUCCGCCACCCUGCUGCAGGAGAGCUCCUGGAACGGCAGCAUCAGAGAGAAACUACGAGAUGUGAUCUACGUGUCUGCAGCAGGCAGUAUGCUGUGUCAGAUCGUCAACAGUCUACUACUACUACCAGUGUCUGUAGCCGGACCUCUGCUGAGCUACCUGCUAGACCUGCUGCCUCCUCUAGACUGUCUCAACAGACUGCUGCCUGCUGCCACACCGUUGGAAGACCAGGAGCUGCAGUGGCCUCUACAUGGAGCCCCAGACUUUGUGGACCCUGCAGGGCAGCCCCUGUCCCAGCCGGCCCAGUCCUGGGUGUGGCUGGUGGAUCUGGAGCGUACUGCAGGCCUGCUGGUGGGCCGCUGCCUGGGGGGCAUGCUGCAGGGAGCCCCCCCCUCUCUAGAGGAACAGGAUACAGGCUACUGGCUGAAAACCCCCCUGUUCAGCAACGGGCUGGAGAUGGACAUCCCUCAACUAGAUAACUGCAUCAGCUGGCUGUUAGAGGAGGCCCUCUCAGGGAACGAGGAGCAGAAACCAGUUGACUGUCCUCUGAGAGCAGACAUGAGCGUCCUGGUGGAGCUGGCCCUGGGCUCCACUAAGGAACCCACCAACAGUCUCUGGAGCAACAUGCAGGACUACGCCACCAGCAAAGACUGGGACAACGCCUCUCUCUGUAAUGAGAUCUUAUUGGACACCGUGUCCAGGUUUGUCCUGGCUGCUCUGCUGAAGCACACCGGCCUGCUGGGCCAAGCCUGUGGAGAGGGCAGGUACCAGCCUUGUAAGAUGCUGGCUGAGGUCUACCGUUGUGUCUACAAGGUCAGGAACCGCCUGCUGGCCUGCAAGAACAUGAAUGUCGUCCAGACACGCUCGUCUUCCCGGGAGAGGAGGAUUUCAGACAAUCAGGACUCGCUGGAGAUGGACCAGGAGCACUCGUUCACGAGGACCAUCGAGCUAGAAGAGAGGACUGUGCAUCAGGAGCAAGAUGAGGAAGAGGAGGAGAGAGAGCACGGGGUCAUGACCGCUGGGAAAAUCUUUCAAUGUUUCCUCUCAGCGCGGGAGGCGGCGAGGAGCCGAGAGAGGGAGAGGGCCAGCAGCAGCGCCGGGGGAGGCAAGCGCUCCUUUUCUCCUCCAGCCUCGACAUCCCAGGAGGAGCAUCACGGGAGAGACGGCUGUACGGGGCUGCCUGAGGGACAGGACCUGUACACAGCGGCCUGUAACUCUGUGGUCCACCGCUGUGCUCUGCUGGUGCUGGGGGUCAGCCCGGUACUGGGGGAACUGGGGAAGCAGCACCAGGACGAGGGACGCGGCAGCUUCCAGUCAGCCGGACAGCAGGACGGGACGGGCUUCAUGACCAGGAGUGAGAGUCUGAGUACAGAGAGCUGUUCGGUCCAGUCCAGUCCCAACUACAGGCUGAUGAAGUCCAGGAGCGAAUCAAAUCUGUCCCUCUCUGAUGAGGAGGGAUGCACUCUGAGUGGCAGGAGAAACGUGGAUCUAGACCUGGCAUUUUCUCAGAAAAAGCGAGGUCUACUCCACAGUUCUCCAGACUCCCUGGCUGACUCAUGGUUCAGGGUGAAGCACAGUAGGGACCAGCUGUAUGGUUCUCCCCUCUACCAAUCCUAUGAGGAGUCGGACCUGGACCUGAGCCGCUCGCUGGGGGUUCACGCCCUCAUAGAGAACAUCGUCAGCUUCAUCAGUGGAGACGUGGGAACCACCCCCGCUUUCAAAGAGCCUGAGGAGAGCAUGUCUACUAGUCCACAAGGAACCAUGCUGGCUAUGGAGCAACAACAGAACAGAGCUGAGCUGCGUCUGGAGGCUCUACACCAGAUCGUGGUGCUGAUCUCUGGGAUGGAGGAGAAGAGUAGCCAGGCUGCAGGAGGUGGGGGGAGCGGACCAGGAGGUCGACCCAGCCCCAGCGUCGCCUUCCAGUCCUCCUCCCUCCUGACCUCCGUCAGGUUACAGUUCCUGGCUGGAUGUUUCGGUCUCGGGACCGUGGGCACCGGGGGACUGAAGGGAGAGAAUGUCCAGCUACACCACUACCAGGACGGUGUUAACGCAGCCAAGCGGAGCCUGCAGAUGAACAUCCAGACAGCCGUACAUAAGAUCUACCAGCAGCUGUCUGUCACGCUGGAGAGAGCCCUGCAGGCCAACAAACAUCACAUAGAGGCCCAGCAGCGCCUCCUGCUGGUGACAGUGUUUGCCCUGAGCGUGCGUUACCAGUCUGUGGACGUGUCCCUGGCCAUAUCCAGUGGCCUCCUCAAUGUGCUGUCACAGCUGUGUGGCACAGAGACCCUGCUGGGACAACCACUCCAGCUGCUACAGAAACCAGGGGUGUCUCAGCUCAGCACUGCCCUGAAGGUAGCCUCAACGCGACUACUGCAGAUACUGGCCAUCAGCACCGGGACGUACGCAGACAAGCUAGGACCCAAGGUGGUCCAGUCCCUAUUGGACUUGCUGUGUAGCCAGCUGAAGAACCUUCUGUCCCAGGCAGGAGUCAGCCUGCUCACUGCCGACCCAGGGAAGAACCAGGAGAACCAGGACAAGAAGUCUGAGGAUGGAGCCGACCCAGAGAAGACAGACCUCCGAGCGUUGGUGCGUAAACAGCACACAGCAGAGCUUCACCUGGGAGACUUCCUGGUGUUCCUGAGGCGAGUCGUCUCCUCCAAGGCCAUCCAAUCCAAGAUGUCUUCUCCGAAGUGGACAGAGGUGCUGCUCAACAUCGCUGCGCAGAAAUGCUGCUCAGGAGUCCCUCUGGUGGGCAACCUGAGAACACGUCUCCUGGCCCUUCACGUUCUGGAGGCUGUGCUGCCUGCCUGCGAGGCCAGUGUAGAGAACCACCAGAUGACACAGGUGGUGGAGCGUCUCUUCUCCCUGCUAGCUGACUGUAUGUGGGAGGCUCCCAUCGCCCAGGCCAAGCACACCAUCCAGAUGAAGGAGAAAGAGCAGGAGCUGAAACUACAGGGCGAGGAGGAGGAUGAGAACCUUCCUAUCCAGGAGGUGUCGUUUGACCCGGAGAAGACUCAGUGUUGUGUGGUGGAGAAUGGUCAGGGUCUGACCCACGGCAGCGGGGGGAAGGGAUAUGGACUGGCCUCUACCGGCAUCUCCUCUGGGUGCUACCAGUGGAAGUUCUACAUUGUGAAGGAGAACCGUGGCAACGAGGGGACGUGCGUCGGGGUGUCCCGUUGGCCUGUCCAUGACUUCAACCACCGCACCACGUCAGACAUGUGGCUGUACCGGGCCUACAGCGGGAACCUGUACCACAACGGAGAGCAGACCCUCACCCUCUCCUCCUUCACCCAGGGAGACUACAUCACCUGUGUGUUGGACAUGGAGGCACGCACCAUCUCCUUCGGGAAGAACGGAGAGGAGCCCAAGUUAGCCUUCGAGGACGUGGACGCCACAGAGCUCUACCCCUGUGUCAUGUUCUACAGCAGUAACCCUGGGGAGAAGGUAAAGAUCUGUGAUAUGCAGAUGAGGGGUACCCCUCGUGACCUCCUGCCUGGUGAUCCUAUCUGCAGCCCCAUGGCCACAGUCCUGGCUGAGGCCACCACACAGCUCAUCAGGAUCCUGCACCGCACGGACCACUGGACACACUGCAUCAACAAGAUCAUGAUGGACAGGUUGCACAGAAUCAAACCCUGCUUCAGAGACUCAGCCAACGGUACUGGAGGAGGAGGUCAGAGGUUAAAGAAGAGUCGUUCGGUGCAGAGCAGAGAGGAGCAUGAUGCCCAGAGGGACUCGUCCAGGGACCCCCAGAGAGGGGAGGAGGAGAGGGGCCGGCCGGGACACGGGAGCCGCCAGGGUCAUGGAGGUCUGGGGGAACUCUCUGACCACCACCUCAGGACCCUCUGUACAGAGGUGUGGCCUGUGCUGGCGGUGAUGGGGGGUGCUGACGCAGGGCUGCGUGUUGGGGGGCGCUGUGUUCACAAACAGACCGGUCGGCAUGCUACUCUCCUGGGCGUGGUGAAGGAGGGGAGCACCUCAGCCAAGGUGCAGUGGGACGAGGCUGAGAUCACCAUCAGCUUCCCAACUUUCUGGUCGCCUAGUGACACUCCCCUGUACAACCUGGAGCCCUGCGAGCCGCUGCCUUUUGACGUGGCACGCUUCCGAGGCCUCACCGCUUCCCUGCUCCUCGACCUCACCUAUCUCACCUCCAUCCACGAGGACGCUGGGAAGCUGAGCGCCCGGCGCCAUGAGAAGAGGCACCGUAGCAACGGAGGCCACGAUACGACGACGACGACGACCGCCACGACAAACGACGACUUCAACAACAAAACUAGUGAGACGGAGCACCAACACAGGGUCUCCCCGGACCCCAAAGACACAACAACAACGACAACGGGGACCGUCACCACGACGACAACCUCUGAUCUGAGAGUGUCACACAGCCUGGACGAGGUCAAAGCCCACGUGGUGCCCAACUCGAAAUCAGAGAGCGAGAUCUCCUCCUGCGCCUUGGACUCCCAACACCAGGGUGGAGGAGGACCAGAGACCCUCUCCCCUGCUCCUCAGACCCCCCAGGAGGACAACAGGAGGAAGGGCCACGGUGGCUCUCCCUCCUCGGGGGCCAGUCAGUCUGAGAUCCAUGCGGUGCAGAUGUCCUACCUCUACCUGGGGGCCAUGAAGGCCCUCAGCACACUGCUCUCCUGCUCCAAGUAUGUUGAGCUGCUGCUCAUACCCAAGGUUCAGGCUCAGCCGGAGCCUGCUCCCAGUGGACACAAUGCAGACCUGAACGCCGGGUCCACCCCUAGUGGCGCAGCGCCCUCGCCCGUGUGCCAGGAGGAAGUUGAGAUGAGGGCGGCACUGCAGUUCCUGAUGCGUCACAUGGUCAAGCGGGCCGUGAUGAGGUCACCCAUCAAGCGGGCGUUAGGAUUGGCCGAUUUGGAGAGAGCUCAGGCCAUGAUCUAUAAAUUGGUGGUCAGUGGAAUGCUGGACGAACACUGCAGUGGGGGCAAGUCCAGACCUGCUGACCCAGAGUGUGAGGAGGGUGUGCAGGGAGAGCAGCAGGCCCAGACCCCCAUCACCACCAGCCCCUCUGCUUCCAGCACCACCUCCUUCAUGAGCUCCUCUCUGGAGGACACGACCACAGCCACUACACCUGUUACUGACACAGAGACUGUCCCUGCCUCAGAGUCCCCUGGGGUCAUGCCUCUGAGCCUGCUCAGGCAAAUGUUCUCAAGCUACCCGACCACCACUCUGCUGCCAACGCGUCGUGCCCAGACCCCGGUGUCUUCUCUCCCCACGUCUCCCUCUGAUGAGGUGGGUCGGAGACAGAGCCUCUCCUCCCCUGAGACCCAGACCUCCAGACCAGCCAACCGGACCGGGACAUCCCUGUCGGACCCCAGCAGCAGACUGUCCACCUCCCCUCCCCCCCCGGCCAUCGCUGUGCCCCUCCUGGAGAUGGGCUUCUCUCUGAGGCAGAUCACCAAGGCUCUGGAGGCUACAGGGACAGGUACUCGUGGCGAGGCCGAUGCCCAGAACAUCACGGUAUUGGCUAUGUGGAUGAUAGAACACCCCGGAACAGAGGAGGACGAGGAUGAGAGCCACUCUCGAGGACAGGGGUCAGACAGCUCCUCGUGCCCAGGGGCCACAGCCUCGGGAGGGGGUAAGAGUCUGGAGAGGAGCUACCUUCACUCCCCUGGAGAUAUGCCCAACGCUGACUCUGCAGACAUGGAGGAGGGCUUCAGUGAGAGUCCAGAGGGGCUGGACCAGGCCUCUGCCUCCGUUGGUCCAACCCCCAGAGGGCGCUCUGCUGUCAGCAGGAAACACCGCUUUGACCUGGCUGCUAGGACACUGCUGGCCCGCGCUGCUGGUCUGUACCGCUCGGUGCAGGCCCAUCACAGCCAGGCUCGUAGAGAGGGCAGUGCCCUACAGCAGGACACUGGACCUCUGUAUGACUUUAACCUCGACGAGGAGCUGGAGCUGGAGCUGGACGAGGAGACCAUGGAGGCCAUGUUCGGUCAGGACCUGGCCAGCGACACUGACAUCCUGGGCAUGUGGAUCCCAGAGGUACUGGACUGGCCAACAUGGCAUGUGUGUGAGACAGAGGAACGAGACGAGGUGGUGGUGUGUGAGUUGUGUGAGGCUAGCGUUGCCAACUUCAACCAGCACAUGAAGAAGAGCCACCCUGGCUGCGGGCGCAGCGCCAACCGGCAGGGUUACCGGAGCAACGGCUCCUACGUAGACGGGUGGUUCGGGGGGGAGUGCGGCAGCGGGAACCCCUACUACCUCCUCUGUGGGAGCUGUCGGGACAAACACCUGGCGGUCAGGAGUAAAACCACAGUCCCCGUGACGGAGAGGUCUGUGGCGGACAGAAGAUGUAAAGGACUGGCCCCGGACCUCUUGGGGAAGCAGGACAGUGUCUAUGAAGAGGAAUGGGACAUGCUGGAUGUUGACGAGGAUGAGAGGUUAACUGGGGACGAGGAGUUUGAGCUGCUGGCGGGACCGUUGGGUCUGAGCGAGCGCCGGGUCGUCCCAGAGGCCGUCCAGUUCCCCGACAGUGACCCCCUGGGAGCGUCCGUAGCCAUGGUGACCGCCACCAACAGCAUGGAGGAGACUCUGCUGCAGAUAGGCUACCAGGGCGCGGUGGAGAACAGCUCCUCGGGCAGGGUGACUCUGGGGGAGCAGGCCGCAGCGCUGGAGAACCCCCACGACAGGGUCAUGGCUCUGAGGAGAGUGACCUCUGCAGCGCAGGUCCUCCUGGCCAGGACCAUGGUGAUGAGAGCCCUGUCUCUACUCUCUGUCAGUGGUUCUAGCUGCAGCCUGGCAGCAGGGUUGGAUUCUCUGGGUCUGACAGACAUCAGGACCCUGGUCAGACUGAUGUGUCUGGCUGCAGCGGGGCGAGCCGGCCUCUCCACCAGCCCCACAUCUGGAUCAGGGGCCUCAGAGCGGCCCCGCGGGGCCACCAAGGCCAGCAAACCCAUCUCCUGUCUGGCCUAUCUCAGUACGGCUGUGGGUUGUCUGGCCUCCAACAGCCCCAACGCUGCCAAGCUACUGGUCCAGCUCUGCACACAGAACCUGAUCUCGGCGGCAACGGGGAUGAACCUGACCACGGUAGACGACCCCGUCCAGAGGAAGUUCCUCCCCAGCUUCCUGAGGGGCGUGGCCGAGGAGAACAAGCUUGUGACGUCACCCAAUUUCGUGGUCACCCAGGCCCUCGUGGCCCUGCUCGCUGAUAAAGGGGCCCGGCUCAGACCCAACUAUGACAAGACUGACACGGAGAAGAGAGGACCUCUGGAGCUGGCCAACGCGCUGGCUGCUUGCUGCCUGUCUUCUCGUCUGUCCUCGGGACACCGGCAGUGGGCCGCUCAGCAGCUGGUCCGCACGCUGGCCGCUCACGACAGAGACAACCAGAGCCGGCCGCAAACCUUUGCCGACAUGGCGGGUGACUUGCGCAAGUGCUCUUCUGUGAAGUUGGAGGCUCACCAGAGCAGGGUGAUCACGUGUGGUUGGUGCAGUAGGAAAGGCCUGCUGGCCACCAGUGGUAACGAUGGAACAGUCCGGGUGUGGAGCGUUACUCACAACCAGUACACCCUCCAACUGACCUGCGUCUUCAACAGGACUGCUGGUUCUCCAGAGGAGGGUGGGCAGUGUCUUGGUUCCCCAGGCGACCCCAGUCUGUCUCCUCUGGUCUGGAGCCUUACGGGGAAAUACCUCGCAGCUGCCAUGGAGAAACUAGUCAACAUCUGGCAGGUCAACGGUGGUAAAGGUCUUCUGGACGUGCAGCCCCACUGGGUGUCAGCUCUGGCCUGGCCGGAGGGAGAAGCCGUGUCCCUGUGGUGCGGGGAACCCAAAGAUGUGUUGCUGGUCGGACGCAUGGAUGGAUCCCUGGGCCUUAUAGAGGUCCACGAUGCCUGCACCAUGCGUCGCACCGAGCUGGAGCACUGCUACCGGAAAGAUGUGUCAGUGAUCCACAUCGCCUGGUACAGUGAGGACAGGCCGUUCGCCGUGGGCUACGCUGACGGCAAGCUGCUGAUUGGCACCAAAGAGCCUCUGGAGAAAGGAGCUGUCGUGGUCAUCGAUGCCCAUAAGGAGUCCAUCACCAGUAUAAAGUGGGAUCCUACUGGUCAGAUGCUGUUGACCUGUGCCAAAGAGGACGUGGUGAAGCUAUGGUCCAGCCCUGGGUCAGGGUCCAACCCCGGAGCAGGCUGGAAGUGUCUGCAGAGCCUACCCCACCCUGCCCAGGUCAAUGGAGUGGCCUGGUGUGGUCUGACUGGACGUGGAGCCAAACCUCUCAACAUGCUGGCCACGUACGUAUGGUAUUCAACUGGACUGUGUUGAUAUUAAUUCACUUUUAGUCAUGUAUGGAACUGAACUGGACUUUAGUAGACUAUACAGUGGGGCAAAUAAGUAUUUAGUCAGCCACCAAUUGUGCAAGUUCUCCCACUUAAAAAGAUGAGAGCCCUGUAAUUUUCAUCAUAGGUACACUUCAACUAUGACAGACAAGUUGAGAAAGAAAAUAUCCAGAAAAUCACAUUGUAGGAUUUUUAAUUAAUUUAUUUGCGAAUUAUGGGGGGAAAUAAGUAUUUGGUUACCUACAAACAAGCAAGAUUUCUGGCUCUCAUAGACCUGUAACAUCUUCUUUAAGAGGCUCCUUUGUCCUCCACUCGUUACCUGUAUUAAUGGCACCUGUUUGAACGUGUUAUCAGAAUAAAAGACCUGUCCACAACCUCAAACAGUCACACUCCAAACUCCACUAUGGCCAAGACCAAAGAGACCAAAGACCGCAAUGUCUUUAGUGGACUAUAGAUGUCUUUAGUGGACUAUAGAUGU